ACAAAAGACGACAAAAGAUCAUCGUUCUUUGUCCAUCCCUCUGUUCAUUUCUGCCUCUGGGCCUUCCGUCUCAACACAAUUAACUUGUUCACAACGCUUCCAACUAUGGCUGCUGAACAACCGACUCAGGAGGAGAUGGCCGCUCAUCGGAAGCGCCAGCAGGAGUUUGAGGAGGCUGCCCGUCAUAUUCAGACCAUAAUCGAUAACAUUCGUCAUGAUCCCAUGACGCUGCACAAGAUCACUGUCCGCGGCGCGUCUAAGACCAGAGAGUCCUUCAUGUACCGCAUUCUCCAACCCACAUUCGAGGCACGAUCACUUCACGAAGUCAUUGGUCUGAGUCGACAGGCUGUGCGCAGGAUGGAACGUUUCGGGAUCUUUGACGAUGUAAAAUUGCAGCUUGACAGUCCCAAUGAUCCUUGGCUGGCAGAUCGUAAGGAUCUUGUCGAUUUAGGUAUCUGGGUUAAGGAAAGCAGCCGACUUCAGAUCAGGACCGGGACAGAGGCUGGGAACGCUGAAGCUAGCAUGUAUGGAGCGAUGACCCUCAAAAACGUCUUCGGCGGCGCUGAGACCUUGAGCACUAGCAUGGCCUUCGGAACGCGUACAUCAUCUGCCUUCCAGUUUACGCUUGCCACUCCUGUUCUUGCAGACCCAGACAAAAAUUUGUCAGUCAAUUUCUUCAGUCAGGCUAGAAAUAACACUCAAUGGAGUUCGUAUGAAGAAGAGUUGAAGGGCACCUCUUUGAAAUAUACCACAAUCAGUCCUCUCGGUUACCAUGAGCUUGCAUACGAAGGCCAUUGGCGAGAAGUCUGUCGACCUUCUGAAAAGGCGUCACUUAGUAUUCGUGAACAAUGCGGCCAUAGUUUGAAAUCAGCAUUGACUCACAUGUGGAUCCACGACAUGAGAGACGAGCCCUUGAUGCCUUCAACAGGCCACUUGGUGCGAGUAAUUCAAGAGUAUGCUGGAUUGGGUGGAGAUGUUAACCAUUUGCGCCAAGAGGUCGAGGCUCAAAUCGCCCGCUCAAACGAUGCAGGAUAUAUUCUGUCCGCAACUGUAAAGUCAGGAUACCUACACUCCUUGAAUGGAAAGAAAUCAAAGAUUUCAGACCGCUUCUUCCUCGGAGGCCCCAUGUCUGUUCGUGGUUUCAAGUCGAAUGGGCUUGGCCCACGCGAAGGAGACGACUCCCUCGGCGGUGACGCCUACGUGUCUGCGGGUGUCAGCUUAUUGACACCAUUCCCUGGUCUUACAACCCGAGAUUCUUUCAAGGCCCACGUCUUUGCUAAUGCAGGAACAUUGGUCAGUGUUGAGCCAGGUCAGUCGGCCAUGAAGACCGUAAAUGACUUGACAAAGAUUCCCAGUGUCUCAGUUGGAGCUGGUAUUGUUUACCGCCAUCCACAAGUUCGUAUCGAGCUCAAUUUUGCACUACCUCUGAUAGCCACUAAAUCGGAUGCUAUUUCAAGAGGAUGGCAGCUUGGUCUUGGCAUUAACUUUUUAUAAAUACUUAGUCAAUCCUGUUGAUAAUAUACAGAUCAGCUAAUGAGAAAAAAAA